UGGCAGUGAAUGGUUGCGCACCGCGGUCACUGGGACAGUCAAAGCACACCGCCCCCUUUCUAACGGGCACGUCAUCCUCCUAACUAGGCGUUAUGAAUAGGAAAAGCCGCUUUUGUCUGCCUGCAUGUAUAAAUACCCACAAUCAGUGUCCUCCUCACCGCAGAGAUACAGAGACACUGAGAGAGAGAGAGAGAGAGAGAGAGAGAGAGAGAGAGAGAGAGACAGACAGAAAAGAGAGAAAGUCGGCAGAGGCAACGUGGUCACCGAUGUGAUAAGAAGGACAGGAGCGUGGGACAGGAGGGCUUCAGUCAACAUCAGGUGACUAGAGUGACUACAGGCUCCAGAAAGAGAGAGAGAGAGAGAGACGCAGAGAGAGAGUAAAAAGAAAGUGAGAGAGAGAGAGAGAGAGAGAGAGAGAGAGAGAGGGAGGAAGCCAGCAGCGACCUCCUACCCAAAAGUCUCGGAAGCGAACCCAUAAAAUGAAUUCAGACUCCAGCCCGAGCAGCAGAGCCUCUUCCCCGGACAUGGACGGCAUGUUUCUCCGAGACCAUCACCCGCACCACAGUCACCACCACCACCACCACCACCACGUCGGCUCCUCCGUGUCCUCGUCCACGCAGGGCGGCGGCGAGCAGCAGCGACAGAAGAUGAGCAGCGGCGACCACCUGCGCUCUGGAGACCCCAAGUCCGUGGAAAGCAGCAGCAGCAGCAGCAGCAGCAGCAGCAACAAGUUCAAACUGAAGAAACAAGUCACCGAGGAGGAAAUGUACCACCUCCGUCUAAAGAUCAACGGCCGGGAGAGGAAGCGCAUGCACGACCUCAACCUGGCCAUGGACGGCCUGCGCGAGGUGAUGCCCUACGCGCACGGGCCCUCGGUGCGGAAGUUGUCCAAGAUCGCCACGCUGCUUCUCGCCAGGAACUACAUCCUGAUGCUCACCAGCUCCUUGGAUGAGAUGAAGCGGCUGGUGGGGGAGAUUUACGGCGGGCAGCACUCAGCUUUCCACUGCGGCACCGUGGCGCACGCCGCCGGCGGACACGCUGGGGGCCCCGCCGCUGCAGCCGCUGCCGCAGCCGCCGCGGCGCACCAGGUGCACCCUCUCCUCGGGACCGCGCUGACUUCCUCCACGUCCUCCACCCUGUCGAGCGCGCUGCCGGGACUCACGUCUAUCCGAGCACCCCACUCCCUGAUGAAGGGCGCCCCGGCUGCGCCCCCGGCCCUGCAGCUGGGCUCCGGCUUCCAGCACUGGGCCGGACUCCCGUGUCCCUGCACCAUCUGCCAGGUGCCUCCUCCUCCACACAUCCCCAUCACCUCCACCGGCCUCACGAGACUCACAGUGGAGGGCAAAGACGGGAUGAAAUGAUGCCCGGUGUGGUGUGUGUGUGUGUGUGUGUGUGUGUGUGUGUGUGUGUGUGUGUGUGUGUGUGUGUGUGUGGGGGGGGACAGACGCGCAGAGACUGACUGUAAAUAGAGAAUUCAGGGCAUGAGGGUGGAUUUGGCCUCACUGGUGCAUGUUGUUGUUUAGUCUGUUUUCUUGUUUGGCGUAUGAGAAAAAGUGUUAUUUUCCUCCUUGUAACAAGGACUUAUAAUGACUGAUGAUUUUGCCAAUUGAAGGUAAAAUAAACAAGUUCUGUGUCAUGCAAAAAAAGAUGCCACGAUCCUCUUGUGUUUGAUUGAGUUUCAGUCUCACGCCACAAUGUGAAAGGUGGAGGAGGCUGCAUGAACAUUUUGAUUUAAGUUUUACAAUUUUUUUUCUGUAUCAGGCGUCAUUUUGUGAAAACGAAGAAUGCUCUGUGUGCCUUGUACCAAGGAUUUUAAACUUGAGUUCUAUAUGAAAAGACAUUUAUGUGUUUGGCUUAAAUGGUUCUGCCACCGCGGAAAUUUGUUUUCAAAUCUAAGUUUUUAGAUUUUUAUUUUGUGACUCAUUGUAUGUCCAUUUGUGCUCUGAUUUACUUUUUUUUUUUUUUUUGCAUGAUGGUGUACUUAUCACAGCAUGACUGUUUUUUUGCUGAACUGAAUUUGUUAUCCCCAGAGACCCCGUGUCUUUAUUUUUGUACAUUGUUGAUGACUGAUGAAAUAUUUAUUAUCGCCCAGCGUCCCUGGAUGAAAUUUCAAUAAAACUGAAAUUAUGGAUCAUA